AUGCAGGCCAUUCCCAGGGCUGCGGUGCGCUCUGCUGCGCUCCGCAACGUCGCCAACCGCGCCUACAGCAGCUCGUCGUCCCCUUACUCCAAGACCAUUGAGAACCUGCGCAUCAACAGCGACACAAAGGUCAUCUUCCAGGGCUUCACCGGAAAGCAGGGAACUCUCAUCAUGCAGGCCAUUCCCAGGGCUGCGGUGCGCUCUGCUGCGCUCCGCAACGUCGCCAACCGCGCCUACAGCAGCUCGUCGUCCCCUUACUCCAAGACCAUUGAGAACCUGCGCAUCAACAGCGACACAAAGGUCAUCUUCCAGGGCUUCACCGGAAAGCAGGGAACUUUCCACGCCCAGCAGGCCAUCGAAUACGGCACCAAGGUCGUCGGUGGUACCAACCCCAAGAAGGCCGGCAGCACUCACCUUGACCUCCCUGUCUUCAAGAAUGUUAGCGAGGCCGUAAAGGAGACUGGCGCAACCGCCACUGCUCUUUUCGUUCCCCCACCCGUGGCUGCUGCUGGUAUCGAGGAGGCUCUCCAGGCCGAGAUUCCCCUUGUUGUCUGCAUCACUGAGGGUAUUCCUCAACACGACAUGGUUCGCAUCACCUCCAUGCUCAAGUCCCAGUCCAAGACUCGUCUCGUCGGCCCCAAUUGCCCCGGUAUCAUCGCACCCGGCCAGUGCAAGAUUGGCAUCAUGCCCGGCUUCAUCCACAAGCGCGGCCGCAUCGGCAUCGUCUCUCGAUCCGGUACCCUGACCUACGAGGCCGUCAACCAGACUACUCAGGCCGGACUUGGCCAGUCUCUCGUCGUUGGUAUCGGUGGCGAUCCCUUCAGCGGAACCAACUUCAUCGACUGCCUAAAGGUCUUUACUGAGGACGAGGACACCGACGGCAUCAUCAUGAUUGGUGAGAUUGGUGGCUCUGCCGAAGAGGAAGCCGCCGAGUUCCUGAAGCAGGCAAACACUGUUGGUGGCGGCAAGCCCGUCGUCAGCUUCAUCGCCGGUAUCUCUGCCCCCCCUGGCCGUCGCAUGGGCCACGCCGGUGCCAUUGUCGCUGGUGGCAAGGGCGGUGCUGACUCCAAGAUCAAGGCCCUCGAGGCCGCCGGCGUGAUUGUCGAGCGUUCACCUGCUGGUCUUGGCAAGGCUCUGUACGACGAGUUUGUCCGACGAGACCUGUUGUAA